AUGCAGGGUCGAGGCGUUUUUCUCGCGUUUAACGCGCCUCACAAGUUGUCCUGCACGGAGGGCGGCAGGUCCUCAGGCGUCUCACCGUCCCUUCCCUUGGCUCUUUUCUCCGUCCGCAUCAAGCGCAAGCCGCACCGCUACCCGGCCGGGAACAGUGGCAAUAAUGGAGAUUGUGAUGUGCCAGAAGACCACGGACCUCCUCAGCCUCCCGCCCCCCCUUCCUUUCCCCUCCCACCUAUUGCGUGCCCUUACCGUGCCCUCAGGAGUCAAGCGCAAGCCGCAUCGCCACCGACCGGGAACAGAGUCAAUCGCAAGCCGCACCGCUAUCGGCCGGGCACAGUGGCGCUCAUGGAGAUCAGGAGGUAUCAAAAGACCGCGGACCUCAUUAACCCCCCAUUCCCUCCCCCCCUUUCCCCUCUCCCCUCCCCUUCCUUUCCCCUUCCUUUCCCCUUCCAUCUAUUGCGUUCUCCUUCCCUUGCUCCAUCAGGCGUCAAGCGCAAGCCGCACCGCUACCGGCCGGGAACAGUGGCACUAAUGGAGAUUAGGAGGUUCCAGAAGACUACAGACCUCCUCAUUCGCAAGCUGCCGUUCAUGCGCCUCUGCAAGGAGAUCUCUCACACGCUCACCACGAUGGACGUGCGAUGGACCGCUGACGCCGUUCUUGGGCUGCAAGAGGUGGGAAGCGGUGGUAGGGAGUGUGAUGGCGUGGAGUGCGGUGGAAGGGAGUGCGGUGGUAUGGAGUGGGGUGAUCAAGGGCUAUUAGGGAUCGCUCAGACGCUCACCAUGAUGGACGUGCGAUGGACCGCUGACGCCAUUCUUGGGCUGCAAGUGGCCGCAGAGGUCUACCUUCACCCGGUUUUACCCCCCCUUGCUCCUCUCCCAUCAGGCAGCGGAGGCCUAACUGCAGAGGCUUAUCUCGCAGCAGAGGCGUACCUGGCAGCAGAGGCGUACCUGGCAGCAGAGGCGUACCUGGCAGCAGAGGCCUACCAGGCAGCAGAGGCCUACCUGGUGAGCUUGUUCGAAGACGGAAUUCUGCUCGCCAUUCACUCCAAAAGAGUUACUUUAAAUAUUUUGUGUAACAGCUUACACUUCACUGCUUAUAACCCCUUCCCCCCCUCUCCUCCCACUCCUCCCUCCUCUCGCCCUCCUCCCUCCCUCCCCUUCUCGCCCCCCACUUUCUCCCCCUCCCGCAUCCCCCCUCCUCCCGUCCUCCUCCCUCCCUCCCUCUCUCCUCCCCCACCCCACAUCUGUGGUGCUAGUGAUUCGAGACAUCCAACUGGCCGAUGCCCAUUGCACUGUGAAAGAUAG